CUUUUAUUCUUGCAUUCCAAAAAUAGACUAAGUAUAGUUAUGUCGAAGAAUUACAUAAAAGAGCUUUUGAAGCCUUUUCGUGAGAGUAAAGUGUUAGGAAGUUGGCUGAAGUGGUUCGAAGCUGGUGCCGGGGGUGGCGCCGGAGGGCAUGGGGUCGCGGAAACUAAGGUCCCGGUGACGAAAGUAGGGACGGCGCAGUACAGCUCGGGUGUAAAGCGGGUGACGUUAAUCCCUGGUCAUGGGAUCGGCCCGGAGAUCACCGUGGCAGUGCAGAAAAUAUUCGAGGCCGCAAAAGUCCCCAUCGAAUGGGACGAAGUGGACGUCACAGCUGUUAGGGGCCCAGACGGAAAGUUCGGCAUCCCCCAAAAGGCCAUAGACUCGGUGAAUGAGAACAAAAUCGGGCUAAAGGGGCCUCUCAUGACCCCCGUUGGCAAGGGUUACCGCUCCCUCAACUUGGCCCUCCGUAAGGAGUUUGACCUGUAUGCCAAUGUGAGGCCUUGCAAGAGUUUAGAUGGUAUCAAAACCCUAUACGACAACGUGGACGUGGUGACCAUCCGCGAGAACACCGAGGGCGAGUACUCUGGCAUCGAGCACGAGAUCGUCGACGGCGUGGUGCAGAGCAUCAAGCUGAUCACCGAGGAGGCCAGCAAGAGGGUGGCCGAGUUCGCCUUCCAGUUCGCCAGGGACAACAAGAGGAAGAAGGUCACCGCUGUCCACAAGGCCAACAUCAUGCGUAUGUCGGACGGUCUCUUCCUCCGCUGCUGCCGCGACCUGGCCACCAAGUACCCCGACAUCAGGUUCGAGGAGCGCUACCUCGACACCGUCUGCCUGAACAUGGUACAAGACCCCUCCAAGUUUGAUGUGCUGGUGAUGCCCAACUUGUAUGGUGACAUCAUGUCUGAUAUGUGCUCGGGUCUGGUCGGAGGCCUGGGUCUGACCCCCUCAGGAAACAUCGGCAAGAAUGGAGCACUCUUCGAAUCUGUCCACGGCACAGCACCUGACCUCGCCGGCAAGGACAUGGCUAACCCCACGGCUCUACUCCUGUCCGCCAUCAUGAUGUUAAGGCAUCUGCAACUCAAUGAGCAUGCCGAUAAAAUUCAGAACGCUUGCUACGAAACUCUGCGCGAAGGCAAAAGCUUGACCGGCGACUUGGGAGGCACUGGCAAAUGCAGCGAAUACACCGCUGCCAUUAUUUCUAAGUUGAACUAAAUAGUUACAGAAUUUAUUGAACUUGAUUUGAUUUGAAGCCACCAAAUAUUCGUUGUAAGUUGCUUGGCGCCAUUUGUACGCCUACUUUUAAAAUUCUGUCCACAGACAAAACAGUAAA